GGGGUAUAUAUGCUUUUAUCUGUGUUUUAUUGAUAAACAUGAUUCAAUAUAACAGUGCGAUUACACUAAAAGUGCUUUUACUGUUAAAAAAAGCACAGAUUUGUGAGCAUUAUUGGAAUUGAAUUGUUAGAAUAAACAUGCAACACACCUCGUGCUUACCAUCACAGAAUCUAACCAAUGAGAAUAAAGUGUGUUGUCAUCGAGGCUCUUGCAGCCGAUUUUGAGUAACUGCAGCGCCUGACCUCGGCGGCUGGUCUCGUUUUGCUCUCGCGGUACUUUGAUGGAACAUGUGAUCGUAAGGCGGCUGCAGCGCUGAUCAAAGUCAGACAAACGUUCUAACCAGAAUGCAUCGCUUUUAUCAGGCGGCAGCCGAUUUUUGCGGCACUGUCUAAGGUUGUCUUUUUCAAAAUCUUCUCGUAGUCUUUCGUUUUCAUGAUUGCUUUGACCAUGACGAGAUUCCCAGCUCCAAACGCACUAAAACAUCCCCACAGCAUUACACUCCCCCCUCCAUGUUUCACUCUGGAGACGGUGUUCUGUGGGUUGAGCUCCUGUCCCUUCUUACUGCAAACAUAGGCAACAUCUCUAUGACCAAAGAGCUCUACUUUUGUCUCAUCUGACCAAAGGACACGUUUCUAGUAUGCAUAGUUUUUCUCCAGGUUGUUCUUCAAACUUCAGUCUAGCUUGGAGGUGUCUCUUCUUCAGAAGAGUAGUUUUUCUUGGUCGGCAACCUCGCAGUCCAUUCCUGUCCGGGCCUCUAGUGUCCGUCUUCGUUGAGAUAUCAAUCCCAGACAUGACUAAAUCAUUCACUAGUGUCUUGGCAGUUGUUCUUGCAUCUUUAGAAACCUCUCUAAACAGUUUUCUUUACAAAGUUUUUGAAAUCUUUCACUUCCUGCCGCUGUUCUCCACUGUGUGGGUUUCUUCAAACUUCUUGAUAAUACUUCUCACGGCAGUUCUUGACACUUGAAACACUUUGAUAAACGUGUAAAUGCUUCUCCUCCUUUGUGAGGAUUAACAAUUCUUUUUCUCAAGUCUAAACUAAUUUUAAUGUCUUUGCCAUUAUGACAGUAAUUAAUAUUUUACUAGUUGUUUUGAAAGAUACUAAUCCUCAGCUUACAGUGCAAUUUAAAGGCUUAGAGGGUUAAUUUAGGCAAGUUAGGUUAGUUAGGCAAGUCAUUGAACAACAGUGGUUUUUUCCGUAGCCAAUCAAACAGAUAAUUUCUUAAGAGGGCUAAUAAUACUGACCUUAGCCAUUUUUAUUCCAGGCAAAUUGAAAUAAAUAAGGCUUUCUCCAGAUGAAAAAUAUAAUGAGAAAUACUGUGUUAAAAUUCCCUUGCUCUGUUAAACAUCACUUGGGAAAUAUCUAAAAAAGAACUGAAAUUUCAUAGGGGGGCUAAUAAUUUUGUCUUCAACUGUAUCUAUGGAGAAUAUUCCUGGUUGCAGCUAAAAAGGCUAUUACUUGUAAAUGGCUUCAAUUUAAUCCACCCAUUCUAGAAGACUGGAACACAGUUGUAAUUGAAACACAUAAGAUGGAAAACCUUACUUUUUCUUUAAAACAAUUCCUAGGAAAAUGACAGACUGUGAUUUCCCUCCAGGGUUUUCUCACGUCUCUCUUGAAAAACUGGUUUCACUUGUUUUCCCGGAGUGCUGAUCUGGAGAAGGAAUAUACUCCCGACAGAGUGGAUCUGACAAUGAAUCGUUUCGGACCAGAACAAGCUGAGAGGAUCACGUUGGACCUCCUGGAGCAGAAUAAGCAGAACACUCUAGCUGAGCAGCUGAAAAACAAACACAAGCGAGAUCGUCUGAAGUCCAUAAUGAAGAUCAUCCUCUUUCUCACCAUCACCCUGAUCUCUCAGGGCUACAGUGCCAGAGUCUCUGACGCUGAGAUCAAGUCUCUGUCUGAGACGCUGUUCAAGUUAGACCAUAACAGAGCCACAGCCUCAGAGCUGGUCAUUGAUCCUCAGACACUGAUCUCUUCAUCUGAGACCGGCUCCGAGGAUGACCAGUCAUCUCGCCCAUUGUUCAAGGAAGUGAGUAGUACUUUGCUCUCCAAGUCCACGUAUCAAGCUCUGCUGAAUCUAUUAGACAACUAUAAAAGGGUGUCAGGGGAAGCGGAGGAUGUGACCUCACAGGAAGAGCAGGAGCAGGACACUUUCCUCCAAGAGGCCAUGAACACUGAUGUGGGCAGGGAGCUUUACAAUUUCCUCCACUCUAAAGAUAUAUACUCAUCACAGAGCGAGUUUAUCCAGGAUCUGAAGAUGAUGUGGUUUGGUCUUUACUCUCGAUCUAAAGGCAAAAAACUGGACUCCAGCGGGUUUGAGCACACCUUUGCAGGGGAAAUUAAGAAAGGAAAGGUGUCUGGUUUCCACAACUGGCUGCAGUUUUAUCUGAAUGAGAAAGAGGGCCUCCUGAAUUACUACAGCCAUAGUUUUAAUGGCCCUUGGACCACAUAUCCUGAUGUAUUGGGAAUGCAGUUUGAAUGGGAUGGCUAUUUCAAAGAGGUUGGUUCUGCCUUUAUUGGCUCUAGUCCUGAAUUUGAUCUGGCUAUCUACAGUCUCUGCUACAUCACCCGUCCUGGCAAGAAGUGUUAUGUGAGUCUGGGAGGAAACACUCUGGGCAUUCAGACCUAUACAUGGGAAAACAGUAGCUAUGGGGAUGGAAAGAAGUACAUUGCCUCCGCUUACCCUGCCACACCACGAUCAUCUGCCAUCUGAACAUCAGUAUCAACAGACUCACAACCAAAACAACUCAUAUGUAAUCUUCAUUUUUUCUUGGUUGUUCGAGGUUGAUGUUGGACCAAAUAAAACACAAGAAUAGAAAAACUCUUUUUUUCUAUUUUUAUUAAAACAUAAUAAUAUUCUUUCACAUUCUCAUCAGCUACAACUGUCAAAAGUGUACACAUCUAUUAGUCUGUUAUUAAUCAAACUUGUUGGUCAUAUAAGUUUUUUUUUCACAUUUUUAAAUUUGAUUUAGAACUAUUUUCCAGUAAUUCGGGAUAGAAUCACAUUCUGUAAUUAUACAAAAAAAUACAAGAACAUAAAUAAAAAACAACAAACUCUUACAAAUGGCUUUAUUUUCAUAAAAUUUCAAGUGUAUGACCUGAUGUUUGAGUUUAUGGAUCAGCGUCAGCAGUGCAGCGGAAGCCCAGGUUAGAGGCAGAACUGUCCGGAGUAUUUUGACUACGGUCUGCACACCUGUAUCUGUAGCAGUAAGACUACAGAGAGAGAGAAAAAUGUGUUAACAUGCAUGCAAACAAGUUGUAUAAAAGCUUACAGAUGAAGGUUGUA